UUUCAGAUAGAAAAACUUCCGUGAAGCAUGGGAAACGCCAAAUCAACUGACUCGAAUCCGAAGAAGUCGGUGCGCAGGAAGUCGGCAACCACGCCUAGUACAAGCAGCAGCAGCCGUCCAUCAAUCUCUUCCCAAGGAAAUCGAAAACCAAUUUUAUCAGUUAAUCAACGACAAAUUAUCAAAGGAUGUAUGGACAAUUCAAAGGAUGAUCUUGGAGAAAGAAUAUUCCGUCGAGCACUUGAACGAAGGGAUGAUUUUAAGCAAUUUAUUGAUAAUUUGAGCAAAGGACAGAGAUAUGAAAACUCACAAUAUUUGAAACAAUUUUUGUUGGGAAUUGUUGAGAAUAUAAUGGAUAUUGAUGAGAUUAAUAGAAUAUCUGAAGAAUUCGGGUGUAACCAUGUUCAAUUCCGUGCCAACGGUUUUAAACCGGACUUCUUCGCGUGUACCGCCGACGCCGUUACCACCGAAUGCACAUUCUUGGAUCAGGCUGCUCAUCCGACAAGUGAAACUGCCGCCGCAUGGUCUUUGCUCACAUCGCAUGUCUUUUCGGCGGUCAGAGAUGGAUACUACGCGGAGCUUCGUCGCCAGCGAAAGAGCAGUAACGCAUUCCGAGCCCGUGUUUCAGUAGAUGUAGUUUCAACAGGAACAGAUGAUGGAACAAGUCUUUCAAGUGCAACAAGAAGAUCUAACUCGCCUCAGGAAGAAAUUGCUGAAAGCUUUGACCAUCACACCGUCGAGAAUAAUUGCGUCGAGUCAUCCGGCAAUUUUCUAGCGCCACCUACGGUUUACUGAAAUUCCACUUUUUUCUGAAAUUUUUUUGCUGGUACUCGCCUGGUUCAGAUGUUUAUAAAUUGAUUCAUCGUACUGUAAAAUAAUUGAAAUACAAUUUUCUGAACUUUCAGUUUUUUUUGAAACUCCUUCCCUUAUUGUCUUUUCACCAAUAUUCCUCAAUUUCCCUAUUUAUUUGGCCACCGUUUCCCUGUGUUCCCUUUUACAUUUUACCCCAGUUCUCCUGUUUUUUUCCACAAUUUUUCCUGUUUUUUGUCGAUACAAUUGAAAUACAUUUUCUGAUUUU